UGUGUCGUCCCCACCCCCGUUGAAGAACGAGUCGUCGGCUCGUGCAAAAAAUCCGUAUGCGAAUUCGUAGAGGCGCACAGGAGCAGCCCAGACGAACAUUUGCCUACUGCUACGACUGCUCCUACACAUUAUAUACUGCUCCACGCUGCUCUCUCUCUUUCUCUGCCUCGUGCAGGCCUAUCAGUUUUAUUCGUACACAGUACUGUAAGUCUCGCAGCGUAUAAAGUAAUAAGUUAGCGUGUUGAGAGAGAGAGAGCGAGAGGCACCUUCGCUGCUCAGUAGCAUCUCGCCUUGGCAGUAGUCGGCUACGGUCGAUUCUCUCUCUCUCUUUCUUUUUCUCGCUAUAUAUCCGAGAUUCGCGACUUUCGAGCAGCAGUAGCAGCGAGAGUUUGUGAAAACGUCCGAGCGAGUGUUUUGUCGUUAUACAGUGCCGAGAGUGGUGAGUCAGUGACAGUAGCAGCAGAAGAAGCGGUGGCGGCGGCGGCGCGUGCACGAGUGUUUCGGAGCCGUUGCUAAUUGCGAGGCUGCAGCGAACAACAACAGCACAACGACCAUUUAAACUCGGUGUUCCGUUAACCCAGUGACCUUGGGCGUCCACGAGCCUUUUUGUACGCUCGUGUCCGAGGAGGGAGACGCCGAGUGGAAGAGAUCAUUUUAUCGCAUCUCUUGCCAAUGAUCAGAGCGAGAAGCACCAUUCAUUAGCCGACGCUAUUCGCAGAUCGCCAUUCCAUACGUAUACGCACGACGCAUGGACCGAAUUGCACGAAUGAUCGACGCUUAACCUCAAACGGACUGAUUCGCGACCAGACGACCGAGAACAGAAGGUGAUAAGAUAUAGAGGUGAUCCGACCAUUGAUUCUGCACUCCAAGCCUGUUCAAGAGGGACAAUCGACGCGUCGAUUCGAGUGUGUCGUUUCGGUGAUCGCUUCCGGCUCUCGGCAGCUCGCGGGGGACAGAGAGAUAUGCGCGAUGGAUCUCAAGAGCAAGUACUCGGCCACCAAGCGAGCCAGGAGAAAAAGCCUCUGCUGAGCAGCCAUCGAUGCGCGACCGCCAGUCAAUGAGCAAUGAGCCGCCUACACCUUCAUUAUCAGCCUUCCCUGCGUACUUUUGAAGAUUACGUGCACAGAAAAUCGGCCUUCUUGUAUGCUCGCCGCCGUGGAGUCGAGAUUUAUAGUUGAGCAUCGAUAAGCAAAUGCUCAUAGCGAGACGACGAGAUGUCGCGCCGCAUGACUUUCUACUGUCUGCUGCUCUUCGCGACGCUCUGCAUAUUCUUCCUCGCGAUAAGCCAGAAAUCCAACAACUACAUCGAGCACCGGCUCCAGCCCCUCAUAUCGGAACCGGCGUUAAAUGUACAUUACAAAUAUGAAGAAGCAAUGACUCUACCAACAACUGUCAAAGAUGACGAAGACGAUCCCUUCACGAGCUACAUAAGAGGCAGAGGCUUCAGCAUAGAAAACAUCACCCUUAUGGAGAUCGACGAUGUGGUGGAUCAACAGCGACGCAUCAUCGAGAAAGAAAUGGAAAAUUAUGUGUAUCCAGACGGCAGGUACGGCAACUACGCAAGCAAACUCGAUGAUUUGGUGAUGACGCAAGGUGGAAAUCCAAUCCGCAGCAUCGUACUCACAACCUGGCGAAGCGGAAGUACCUUUCUAGGUGACAUUCUCAACUCGCAUCCAGCCAAUUUUUAUCAUUACGAGCCACUUUUACACUUUGGUAUAAUUCAAAUUCGGGAGCCACCCCUCUCGGACGAAGCCUUAGAUAAUUUGGAGUCCAUGUUUAAAUGUGAUUACUCGAACUUAGAACGCUAUCUUAGUUUUGGUAAAAAUGCCCAUCCAUGGGUCUUCAAUCACAAUACGCAUCUGUGGAAACAGUGCCAACUUCACAAGCGUAUUUGUUGGGAUCAGCGAUUCGUAACCAAAUUUUGUAAACUGUUCCCCUUUCAAUCCAUGAAAGUCGUUAGAUUAAGACUGCAACCAAUGGAAAAGUUUCUUAGUCAAAACGAACUAGGUUUAAAGGUUGUGCUACUCAUUCGUGAUCCUCGAGGAGUUCUUCAGUCACGAAAACAUCGUGAAUGGUGUCCGAAUGAACCCGACUGUUUCGAUCCGACGACAUUGUGCUCCGACAUGGUUUCCGACUACAAUGCUGCAGUUAGAUUUUUAAAACUAUACCCAGAUUCAUUCAGCGUCAUACGUUACGAAGAUCUUUCACUGGAUCCGUUUGCACACACGGACAAGCUUUUCAAGUUCUUCGGGCUUCAUUACCACGAAAACGUCCAACAUUUUCUAGAAACUCACACGAAAACCGAUAUAGGAGGUCUCUCCUCGACCUUUAGAAAUUCAAAAACUGCGCCAUUCCAUUGGCGCACCGAACUCGACUUCGACGAGGUCGACGAGAUUCAGCAAGAGUGCGAUCAGGCCAUGAAACUCUGGGGAUACGCAUUCGCGCGUAACGCCACACACCAAAAAACCUUUGAUCCUGUUACUUCUUGCAAACUUCUUGAUAAUAACAGAGUUUAGCUGUCAAUUUCCGCGUGGUUACUAAACAUUCAUUAUGCCAGAUGGAAUUGUGCUGAGCAGCUAUUUUAUGUUGUUGAUUGAAUAGAUCUGGUAAAUGAUGCAGUGCGAGUAAUUGUACAUACAUAUCUUCGCAUUUGUAAAAACUCGGCCUGCGAUUCAAGAUUAAUUGCGCUUUCUGUGAUUUUUAUAUUUUUAGUAACAUGUUUAAACUUAAGUUCCAACCAUAUAAUUCAUAUUCAUAAGAAACAGUAUUAUUUUAAUAACAGUUUAAAUGUGCAUUACGAACGUCGCACUUACUCAUGCAUAUGUUACAGCUCUCUAUUCAAAUGAAUUUUAAAAAUAUUUAAUAUCAAAAGAAUUGUAUAUACUUUGUACGUAAUUAAGUUUUAUACAUGUUAAGCUGCCAUAAUAUUUAUUAAAUGAAAAGCAGUCGUCCUUUUUAUGAGGAUACGAAUCUAGCAUCACAUUUAACUUUCUCAGGAAAGUUGUGAAUUGUACAUAAUAUUUAAUUUAUACAAUAUCAUAAAAUAAUAUGAUUCGUGA